CGAAUCACCCAAAACCAGUUCACGGAGAAGGCAUGGCAGGCCAUUGUCGCCGCACCGGAGGUCUGCAAGGAGUGCUCUCAGCAAAUCGUGGAGACUGAGCACCUCAUGAAGGCCAUGCUGGAGCAGCCCAACGGUCUGGCGCGCCGCAUUCUUGCCAAGGCGGGCUCAGAGCCCACGCGGCUGCUGGAGCGAACAGACGAAUUCAUCCGGCGACAGCCUCGGGUUAGCGGAGGCUCAGCGCAGGUUUUAGGACGCAACCUGGAGGGUCUCGUGAAUCGGGCCAUGGAGCUUCAGAAGAAAUGGGGCGAUCAGUUCGUGUCCAUCGAGCACAUGGUGAUGGCCAUGGCCGAUGACGGCCGCUUCGGCGAGGGCAUGUUCAAGGCAGAGGGCCUCAGCAAGGACAAGAUUGAGCAGGCCGUCAAGGACAUCCGCGGCAGCAGCAAGGUGGUGGACCAGGACCCGGAGGGCAAGUACGAGGCACUCAGCAAGUAUGCUCGCGACCUGACCGCCGCCGCGAGGGACGGGAAGCUGGACCCCGUCAUUGGCCGCGAUGAUGAGAUCCGGCGCACCAUCCAGAUCCUCAGCCGCAGGACCAAGAACAACCCGGUCCUGAUCGGUGAGCCCGGUGUGGGCAAGACGGCAGUGGUGGAGGGGCUGGCGCAGCGUAUUGUGGCGGGAGACGUGCCCGACGCUCUGCAGGGCCGCAGUCUCAUGGCUCUGGACAUGGGCGCCCUUAUUGCCGGUGCCAAGUACAGGGGCGAGUUCGAGGACCGACUCAAGGCGGUCAUUAACGAGGUCACGGAGAGCGCGGGGCGCAUCAUAUUGUUCAUCGAUGAAAUCCACACGAUUGUGGGUGCGGGCGCAACAGAGGGUUCCAUGGACGCCUCCAACCUGCUCAAGCCCAUGCUGGCUCGCGGAGAGCUUCGCUGCAUCGGGGCGACCACCCUGGACGAGUAUCGCAAGUACAUAGAGAAAGACGCCGCACUGGAGCGCAGGUUCCAGCAGGUGUACGUGGACCAGCCCACCGUGGCCGAGACGGUGUCCAUUCUGCGCGGCCUCCGCGAGCGUUACGAAGUGCACCACGGCGUCCGCAUCAGCGACAGUGCGCUUGUGGAGGCUGCUGUGCUGAGCGACCGCUACAUCGCCGACCGCUUUUUGCCCGACAAGGCCAUCGACCUGGUGGACGAGGCGGCGGCCAAGCUGAAGAUGGAGAUCACGUCCAAGCCGAUGGCUCUGGACGAGAUUGACCGCAAGGUGUUGCAGCUGGAGAUGGAGAGGCUCAGCUUGGAGAAGGUCUCCGACCGCGGCGCUGCCGCCAGACUGGCCACCUUGGACGCGGAGCUGUCCCGGCUCAAGUCCGAGCAGCAGGUCAUCACGGCGCAAUGGCAGCGAGAGAAGGCCGACAUGAGCCGAGUGCAGGACCUCAAGGAGGAAAUCGAACGAGUAAACAUAGAGAUUGCGCAGGCGGAGAGGGACUACGACCUGAACAGGGCUGCGGAGCUCAAGUACGGCACCCUGCUCAACUUGCAAAAUCAACUGAAGGCCGCCGAGGAGGCUUUGGCACGUAAGGUGAAGGAGUCCGGCAACGGUGCGGCAAGCGGCGUCAGCAAGUUGCUCAAGGAGGAGGUGACGGAGCAAGACAUCGCUGAGAUCAUCUCCAAGUGGACGGGCAUUCCCGUGUCAAAGCUUGUCGAGUCUGAGCGUGAGAAGCUGCUCCACCUUGCCGAGGAGCUUCACAAGCGGGUCAUCGGGCAGGAUGGCGCGGUGGAGGCGGUGGCGGACGCCAUACAGCGCUCGCGGGCGGGGCUGUCGGACCCCAAUCGCCCGAUCGCCUCCUUCAUGUUCCUGGGGCCCACGGGUGUUGGCAAGACCGAGCUGGCCAAGGCCCUGGCGCAGUUCCUGUUCAACACGGAGGACGCCAUGGUCCGUAUCGACAUGUCCGAGUACAUGGAGAAGCACAGCGUGUCCCGGCUCAUUGGAGCGCCGCCGGGCUACGUGGGCUAUGAUGAGGGCGGCCAGUUAACGGAGGCUGUGCGGCGGCGACCGUACGCCGUCAUCCUGUUCGACGAGGUCGAGAAGGCGCAUGCGGACGUGUUCAAUGUGCUGCUGCAGAUCCUGGAUGACGGACGGGUAACGGACUCGCAGGGCCGAGUGGUUUCGUUCAAGAACGCCAUCAUCAUCCUGACGUCAAACCUGGGGUCCGCAAACAUCCUGGAGAUGGCCUCAGCUCUGGAGGGCGACGACCUGGCUGCCAAGUCGGCUAUCAAGAACCUCGUCAUGGCGCAGGUCCGCAGCCACUUCCGGCCCGAGUUCGUGAACCGCAUCGACGAGUUCAUCAUCUUCGACCCGCUCAGCCAGGAGCAGAUCGCGUCCAUUGUACGGCUGCAGGCCCGCCGGGUGGCGGAGCGACUGGCCGAGAAGAAGAUUGGACUGCAGCUGACCGAGUCAGCAGUACGACACCUGGCCGCUGUCGGGUAUGACCCAGUGUACGGCGCUCGUCCCGUCAAGCGAGCCGUUCAGCGGGAGCUUGAGACGAAUAUCGCCAAGGCCCUUCUGCGUGGUGAGUUCGUGGAGGACGACACGAUCGUGGUGGAGGCGGACGAACUACAUGGAGGCCUGCUACUCAAGCAUGGAAACAAGCUGUCGGAGGGGACCGCAGCGAACACCGGCGCAAGGGCAGGGAACUGGAGGGAGAGCAUUGCGAAGUAA